AAUACGCCAGAGAGCAGCACUUGAUCAUGUGAUUAAGGCAGAGUUUUUUUUUUCUUGGUAGUCACCUGUCAUUGAAAAUUAUCUGCGAAAUUAGAAAUAUUUUGCAGAUUACUGUGAAAUCCAGUUCUCACCCCAAGAAUAAAGGAAAACUCAUCCACAUACAAUGGCCCAGUUACGUACGGUUGUAGGAAAAACCUUUGGUUGGCUUUUUGUGGCCGUAGUUACUGUGCUGAUAUUUUAUCACGUCUUCACUGGCAAGGGUGAGCGUGUAAGUGUGGGAUGGUUCCUAGCAGCUAGUUCACCGUAUAUGUGGGCUUGUCUGGGCAUUGGUUUGGCUGUAGCCUUAUCUGUGGUCGGAGCUGCUUUGGGUAUACAUACUACUGGCACCAGUAUUGUUGGUGGCGGCGUCAAGGCUCCUCGCAUCAAGACUAAGAACUUGAUUUCUGUUAUUUUCUGCGAAGCCGUGGCCAUUUAUGGUCUCAUCACUGCUAUUGUUUUGUCUGGCUUGUUGGAAUCUUUCAAAAUGGAAACUGCCCUAACAAGUCAAACUGUGAUGAAUAACAACUGGACUGCCGGUUACGUGAUGUUUGGUGCAGGUUUGGCCGUUGGCUUGGUCAAUCUGUUCUGCGGUAUUGCGGUAGGUGUUGUGGGUUCUGGUGCAGCUUUGGCUGAUGCUGCAAACUCCGCCCUUUUCGUCAAAAUCCUUAUUGUGGAAAUUUUCGGAUCUGCCAUUGGUCUCUUUGGAUUGAUUGUCGGUAUUUACAUGACAUCAAAAGUAAAGAUGGGAGAUAAGGAAUAAAUUGUGGCUACUUAGGCACAUUGUGGCAAAAGAAUAGCCAAUUAUAUAGCCAUUCCAUCUUAUAUAAACUAAUAUUGGAAAGACCAAGUAAAUUAAUGGGCGGAAGCAGAAAAUAUACCUAGAAUUAAAUUCUUCUCUAUUUAAAAGUGAACUUUCUUGAGUGUGUCUGUGUGUUGCACUUAUAAUCACAAACUGGAAAUAAUCAAAUUAUCAUAUUUAUCAUGUAUAAAACGCGGGUAGUAUUAAUCUUGUAAAAAUUGUGUUGUGAAACUUCAGCAUCAAAAAUCAACAUCAACAAUGCAAUUUUUCAUAGAUUAAACCAUUUUUAAUAAUUUUAUUGUCCAUCCCUAUGCGAACUGUUUUUGUUUGAGUUUCUCUUUAUAUUGUUAAUUAAUAUGUAUUAUUUUUUAAUGUCACUUAAUAAUGUAUACAAAUGAUUUAUAUUACUUAAUGUAUGGAAAUAUUGUAAAAAGUAUUGGAUAUAACAAUAAAUAUCGACAUUGUUCGUUUUCUUUCAAA